UCCAAGUUCCUUUGGCUUUUAUAUCUCAUCAUAUAGUUAUUGCUUAAUUGCUUCCAUAGCUGAUGGCGUUUUCUCAGGUUAUCACAACACUUCUUUUUGCAUUAGCCAUAGCCAGAAUUAGCCCCUCAGCAUGCCAAACGGUAGAGGGCAAAGUCUCUUGCACUGACUGCGCUGACAACUACGAUUUCUCUGGCAUUAAGGUCUCAGUGAAGUGUGAAGGUGUGAAAAACCUGGCUAUGGCGACCACAGAAGAUAAGGGCUUCUUCCAGGUUGACCUUCCCUCAGACCAAACAAAACCUCCCUCAGUGAAUUGCUUUACAAAACUUCUCGGGGGGCCAAAUACUAAUCUUUAUGCCUCAAAGAAAAACCUGGUCUCUCAAAUUGUUAAGGGAAAAGAGAAAAACACAUACACCAUCUCCACUCCUCUUAGUUUCUUCACAUCGUGUCCCCAGAACACUGAAUGCAAGGCUGCUAAUUAUAACCAGUUCGGUUCAUCCAAAACCUUUGAUCUUCCAUUGCCUCGGGAGUGGGGUUUGGCUCCUAGUAGCUUCUAUGUUCCUUUCUUCCCCAUCAUCGGAAUUCCUUAAUUAUUGUGUACGUACGUUCCACUGUUAUAUGCUCUUGUUCUUUAAAUGUUUAUAUAUGCAUGCUGCCAUGUCAUUUGUGUAACUUAUGAAAGAAUGCCAUGUAUAUGCAGUUGUGUGGUCUUAAAUUUUAAUGCAUGCAGAUAAACGUCCUGCGCUGCUUUGUGCAUUUAUAUGUAUCACCCGUACUAUCUUAUGAUCGAUAUUUGAUUUGAAAGCACUAUUCUGAAUA